GCGUAAUACAAACAAUUGUCAAAUGUCAGCCAUGUUGGAACACAAAAACUAAGGUUAGGAAUUUGUUUAUUUCAAAAAUGUUUAACCAUAUGAUUACUAAAUCGUGUGCCAUGUCACGUAUGCUCUAAACAUUGAGACGAAAACUGGGUGAAAGCAGCUUUUAAAGCAAAUAAUUGGCCAAAAUGAGCGGAAGAAAGAAAUAUGUGAAAGUCGUGGUUCUUGGUGACAUUGGGAGAAGCCCACGUAUGCAGUACCAUUGCAAGUCUUUGACCGAAAUGGGGCACCAGGUGGACAUAAUUGGUUAUGGAGAUACUGAACCUAUGGAAUCUGUAAAGACUGAUCCUUUAAUUUUGUAUCACUAUAUGUGUCCAGUUCCCCAGUUUCCUAUGAGACUGUUAAAUUAUGCUUUUAAGACUAUAUUUCAAUCAUUAAACUUACUCUUCUUGCUGUCUAUAACUUCCAAAUCGGACAUUCUUGUUAUGCAAAAUCCCCCAGCUAUUCCUGCUGUGAUAAUUUGUUGGUUUUAUACCAGACUUGUUGGAGCUAAAUUUAUAAUAGAUUGGCAUAAUUAUGCACAUACUAUAAUGGCUUUGAAUGUUGGUACAUCACAUCCAUUAGUUAAAGUGACAAAAAAAGUUGAAGCUAUUUUUGGGAAAAAAGCAGAUCAUAAUUUUUGUGUGACUAAAGCAAUGAAGGAUGACUUGUGUAAGCAAUAUGGGAUUGAAGCUACCACACUCUAUGAUCGACCCCCAUUAAUGUUUAAAUCCAUCACUUUAGAAGAUAAGCAUAAAUUUUUGCUUCACUGUGGUCAAACAUACCACAAAGUUUUCUUAGGGGAAAAUGAUGAAACAACUGCUUUUACUGAAGUAGCAGAUGGAGUGGUAAGCUUAAAACCAAAAAGACCUGGUCUUUUGGUUUCAAGUACUAGUUGGACGGAGGAUGAAGAUUUUUCUGUUCUUUUAACAGUAUUACAAGAUUAUGAGCGCCAAUGUCAAAAUGGAAACCCUAGACAGCUGCCAGAACUAAUCUGUGCUAUAACAGGGAAAGGACCAUUAAAAGAAUACUACCUUCAUAAAUUAUCUAAAUUAAGUUGGAACUUUGUGACCAUCAUUACGCCAUGGUUAGAACCAGAAGAUUACCCCUUACUUUUAGCUUCAGCAGACUUAGGGGUGUCCCUCCACACUAGUUCAAGCGGCCUCGACUUACCAAUGAAAGUUGUAGACAUGUUUGGCUGUGGCCUACCUGUUUGCGCUUUCAAUUUCAAGUGCUUAGAUGAACUGGUUAAACAUGGAGAAAAUAGUUUCGUAUUUUCAACGCCUCAAGAGUUGUCGAAACUACUUCUAGAUUGGUUUGAAAACUACCCCAACAACGACAAACAACAACACAUUGAAUCCAAAUUUAAGACUGAACUAAAAACAUUCCAAAAUUUGCGAUGGCAGGAAAAUUGGAGAUUGGUUGCAGGACCUAUUUUCGAAUAACAGUUCUUGCUACAGCUAGUUUUAUUGAAAAAUUGUUCACUUAAAAAAUAAAUAUGUCUAUGCUUAAAAUUAAACGAGCAGGCGCUCAAUUUCCUGUUGAAUGGCUUCAA